UCGAAUUUUACGACUAACUCCGAAGUGUUCCCCCUGAGUUGUCAUAAUUGGAGAUUGGAAUUCCCUGUGUUCGAAGGAAAAGUUUCGAUUGCAGUCAAGCUCUGAGUGUUAUCUUUGUUUGAUAGUGCACCUCAAACACCACGUAUGGGUGGUGAUCUUUCUACCUUACUUAUCUAUAUGUUUCUGAGUGUGUUACUAGAAUUUCAUCAAUAAAAAGGAUACCUAGGAGUACCUACUGAGUUUUUGAGCCAUCGAGUCCAUGGGGACAAACCAAACCGAUGGCAUCCCUCCGACAUUUGCCAAGAAACCGUCUAUUCGCCAAGAGGACGAGGGGAGGCGUCUUCUCUUCGAAUGUCGAAUUUUAGCCGAUCCUAAACCUACCGUCUACUGGUUCCACGACAAUAAUGCAGUUAAGGAAUCAGCGAGGUGUAAGGUUAAGCUAGACAAAGAUGGCAACGCUUAUUUUUCUACAUUAGAAAUCAAUGACGUCACCAUCGAAGAUGCAGGGAAGUAUAAAGUAACUGCCAAAAAUGAACUUGGAGAAAGCCACGCGACCAUUAGUCUCAACUUCGAUAGCGAAGAUGACAGCGUUCCAACCGAAGGGACCAGACCUGUAUUUACAGAAAAGCCCAUCAUCAAGGGGGCUGACAACUUCAGUAAAGUUACUUUUGAAUGUCGGUUGGUGGCCGAUCCAAAACCUACGAUAGAAUGGUUUCACAACGGGAAGCCAAUUUCUGAUGGCGGAAGGUUCAAAUAUGGGCUCAUUUCCGACAAGCAUAACCACAUUGUGUCCUUAGAAGUCCAAAACGUCACAGCCACAGAUGGCGGAGAGUAUAAAGCAGUAGCUAAGAACAAGCAUGGAGAUGGUCAUGCAAAUAUUACUCUCAACUUUGAAGACGACAAGCCACAAAUUCCAAAGGGGAAGACGCCUCGAUUUCCAAAGAAACCGACCAUAAGACAAGAUGGUGAUAAUUUGAUAUUAGAAUGUAUCCUUGAGGCUGACCCUAUGCCAGACAUCACGUGGUACCAUGGUACUAAAAAAAUUAAGGAUGGCAAGAGGCACAAAAUACAGCAACAAAGUAAAGGAGCUGACACAUACCUCCUUUCACUGGAAAUCAUGGACCCCGUUGCAGAAGAUGGUGGAAAUUAUAGAUGCAACGCUAUAAAUGACUUGGGAGAGAGUAAUGCUAACAUUGCACUCAACUUCCAAGGUGCCGAAAAUGAGAAAGGAGAAGGCUUAGCCCCAGAGUUCUUAGAAAAACCUAAAAUCAUUCCAAAAGAAGGUGGUAAAUUAAUAAUAAUGCAAUGUAAAGUAAAAGCCAAACCGGCUCCAAAAAUCACAUGGUACCAGGGAACCAAACUAGUCAAGGAGACCAAUCGGGUGCAAGCCAAAGUGAUCGAAGGUGCAGGAGACGAGUUUACAGUAUCACUUGAAGUUAGAGAUCCGUCCAAAGAUGAUGGAGGAGCUUAUAAAUGUCACAUGAUAAAUGAACAUGGCGAGCUGAAUGCUAACUUGAACCUUGAUAUACAAGCGGAGAAGCCACCAGCAGGUGAAGCUCCUACUUUCGUUGAGAAGCCCACAAUCAUCCCAGAGGAUGGUGGAAACCGAAUAAUAAUGGAAUGUAAAGUGAGAGCGAGUCCUAAACCUGAUAUCAAAUGGACUUGUGAUGGAGCUGAUGUUCGGGAAAGUACCAGAAUCAAGCAGACGAUCAAACAAGACAAAGAUGUCUAUCACAUCAAAUUGGAACUGAAGAAUCUAGAAUUUACCGAUGCUGGAUUGUACAAGUGUAAUGUCAAGAACGUUCACGGAGAAAGCAAUGCCAAUUUGACUUUAAACAUUGAAUUGGCACCUGUGAUCAAAGAGAAACCAAAGAUCAUCAAGAAGGAGAUCCACAAGAAAGUCGUUAUCGAAUGCAGAGUAGCAUCCGUUUCCAAACCCACGUGCACAUGGUUCAAAGAGAGUAGCAUGGUUUCAGAAAGCAGCAAACAUACCGUCCGCAUCACAGAGGUGACCAAGGGUGAAUUCGCCGUUGCCCUAGAGAUAGACAAGCCUACAGGAGAUGACAAGGGUAACUACAAGAUGGUGGCCAAGAACGAAAAAGGAGAGAUCACUUCUACGGCUGUACAAGUUGAUAUUGAAGAAGAGAAGAAAGAAGAGAAAAAGAAGCCGACAGGAGAAAAACCUAAAAUCGUCCAAGGAUUAAAAUCAAUUACAGUUGAAUCUGAGAAGAGUGCAGAGUUUACAUGCAAAAUUGAAUCUAAGACCAAAACUACAGUCACAUGGUAUAAAGGUACUCAGGUUAUUAAAGAAUCUAAGGAAGUCAAAAUGAGUUUUGAUGGCUCUUUUGCAAGUAUGACUAUCAUCCAAACAACCACAACGUCAUCUGGAAGCUACAAAGUAGAGUUUGUGAAUGAAUUUGGUAAAGCUGAGAGCUCAGCAGAGUUGACUGUAGAAGAAAAAAAGAAAGUGGAGGAAAAGAAAGAAGAAAAGAAGGAAGAGAAGAAAGUAGAAAAGAAAGAAGAGAAGAAGGAAGAAAAGAAAGUAGAAAAGAAAGACGAAAAGAAAGUAGAAAAGAAAGAAGAAAAGAAAGUAGAAAAGAAAGAGGAGAAGAAAGUUGAAAAGAAAGAAGAAAAAGUAGAAAAGAAAGAGACUUUGAAAGUAGAGAAAAAGGAAGAACUGAAAGUAGAAAAGAAAGAACAGAAAGUAGAAAAGAAGGAAUCGUUAAAAGUAGAGAAAAAGGAAGAGAAAAAAGUUGAAGAGAAGAAAGUUACUAAACAAGAAGCCACGAAAAAAGCUGCUGUUCCUGCGAUCUCUGUUGAAGAGACGCCAGAACCCAAAGGCAAAAUGCCCCAAGUUCCAGUCGUAAUUAAAGAGCCCUCACCAGAACCCGGUUCAAGGAAAGGUUCUACAGAUGUAAGUGCCGGAUAUGGUCGUAGAGGUUCUUAUGUAGAUAUCCCGAGUCCUGGUGGUUCCAGAAGGGGCUCAAUCAUAAUUGCUGACGAGAAAGGACUUGUCGUGGAUGAAACAGGAAAAACCAAGAAAUUGCGUCCAGGUGAGGUGUUGGAAGUCCAAACACAGAAAAGGAGGAGAAGUAUUGAUGUGAGAAGAGUCAGCGUUUCUGAGCUUCAAGAGAUGAUCGAUAAACCCUGUUCUCCAUUGAGACCCAUUCCAGAAACUGAAAAGUGUGCUCCGUCCAUAAUUGAUUUCCAACAGAAUUAUUCUGCAGUGGAAGGUGCGACGGCCUAUUUAUCAUUCCAAGUUGAGGGCAAUCCGGCUCCGCAAUUCCACUUCUACAAAGGAAUUUCUGAAAUAUUCGAAGGAGGACGUUAUAAAAUAUUUACAGACGGAAAUUCUAAUACUGUAGCUUUGUGCAUCAGAAAAGCUAAAGCUCAAGACGAAGGAAAAUAUAAAAUUGUCGCAUAUAACGAAGUUGGUGAAGAUUCCCAAGAAGUCAGCCUUUUCGUCAGUGAUGAAAGUGGGAUGGAUUUCAGAGCAAUGCUGAAAAAGCGGCAAUACGCGAAAUGGAAAGAAGAUCAACAAGAUCCAGACUGGAAUCUUAAGCCUCCAGAAAAAGAACGAAGGCCAUCUCUGCGAGAAACAAAGGAAGACAGUCCUAUUUUGUUCCGGAGAUUGUCAUUAGCGGAUGUCAUCCCUGAUUGGCCAACACUGGCGAAAGUAGACAUUUUCUCAUUGGAUGAGAACGACGAACGCAGGGGAUCACGUGAAAGUCGUCGGCCAUCUUUAGCUGAGUUGAUUCCUGAUUGGCCAACGCUUCAGAAGGUCGUCAGAGACUCUGAGAAAAAAGACGAAUUUGUGAAACCCUUGGUUGAUUCUCGAGCUAAAGAAGGUAAGGACAAAAAAUUGCGUCUGGAAGCUGUAUUUUCAAAGAUGAAUGUGAAGGCCAAGUGGUAUAAGGGAAAAGAGGAGCUCUUUUUGGGCAAGAAAUAUCAUAUGCAGAGUGAAGGAGAUUUACAUGUGUUAGUAAUCAACAAUCCAACUGUAGAAGAUUCCGGGAGAUAUAAGAUCGAAUGCAUGGGUAUAAGCAGCUCAUGUAUCGUAGAAGUUGAUGAACCAGACCCCGUGUACAAAUUUGUCAAAAAACUCCCAGACACCACCGAGGCUUACACAACAAAGGAUGUCGUCUUGGAAUGUGCUGUCAAUGAUUACAAAGCCAUCGUCACGUGGUACAAAGAUGGGCAAAAAAUUGAGGCUUCUGACAAGUAUAUUAUCGAGGCAGAUCCUUUGGGAAGAAAGCUUCUUAAAAUAGUGGACCUAAAAAUUAAUGAUUCCGGCCAGUAUCUGUGUAAAAUAAAUGCUGAAGAAAAAACAGAAACUAAAUUAGUCGUCACAGAACAACAGUUUAAGUUUACAAAGCCUCUGAAGAGUAUUAGAGUAACAGAAAACCAAGAGGUCAAGUUGGAAUGUGAACUCGAUGACUGGGAAGGCAAAGUCCAGUGGUUUAAAAACGAAAAGGAAUUAAAACCUGAUCCAGUCAUUGAACAGGUUGCUGAAAUCAGACGAAGAAAACUGGUAUUCAAGGGAGUCCGUUUAUCCGAUGAAGGAAAAUAUACUUGCAAAUCAAAUGCUGACAGCACUGUCUGUGAAAUGAUUGUUGAGCCUGCGAAUAAAAUUGUAAAGAAGCUAAAAGAUUGCACUCUGCUUGAAAGAGCCAAAGGUGUCCUUGAAGUCGAAAUGUUGGACAAGAAAGCACCAGUAGAAUGGUUCAAAAAUGGAGAACCAAUUAUACCAACAGACAGGGUUCAUAUCAAAAUGUAUGAUGAUGGCAAACACCACCUUAUUUUCACCACACUGCAAAUGGACGAUGCUGGAGAAUACACGUGCCAAGCAAAAGAUCUAAAAACAUCGUGCAAGCUGACUGUUGAACAAGCUGAAAGAGCUCCUGUUAUAAAGCUGGAAAAGUUCGAUUUUGUGGGAGAUGCAGGAAAGCCAUAUACCAUCGAAGUUCCGUAUGAAAUCAUUGGUACGAGGACAUCAAAAGCUGUUGCAAAAUUACUACGCAAUGGCCAAGCUGUAACGCCCAAAGAAGUCGACAUAGUUGUAAAGGAUGAAAAGGUACUUAUAACAUUCCGGAAAGCACUGCGAGGGCAAACUGGAAAAUACCAUUUCAGUUUGUCGAAUUCCCAAGGAGAAGCUGAGUGUGAACUUGAUGUCAAUAUUCAAGAUGUACCAACACCACCUGAAGGUCCACUAGAAGUAUUUGACAUUUACAGAGAUCGAUGCAAAUUGAAAUGGAAACCUUGCAAGGAUACCGGUGGAAUGCCUUUGAAACACUAUGUAAUUGAAAGGCAGGAUCUGGGUGCCAGAGGAGGAUGGGCCGAAGUAGCUACCACUGAAGACACUAAAUUUGAUGUGACUGAUCUUACGCCGAAGAAGGAAUAUAAAUUCAGAGUAAGAGCGGUUAAUGAGAAAGGAUCAUCACAACCUCUUGUGGCACCAAAGAAUACAUUUGCCAAAGAUCCUUAUGAUGAGCCAUCGAAACCUGGUAAUGUAGAAAUAGAAGACUGGGAUGCUGGCAGAGUUGACAUAAAAUGGCAGAAACCUGAAAGUGAUGGAGGAGCACCAAUCACGGGAUACAUUAUUGAAUAUAAAGAUAAAUUUUCCGGAGAAUGGACAACAGGACCUGAAGUGGGACCAGAUGAAUUAAAAUGCAGAGUGGAUGGUCUUAAAGAAGGAGUACAAUAUCAGUUCAGAGUUAAGGCUGUUAAUAAAGCAGGACCUGGAGAACCUAGUGAUCCAUCAAAACCGGUUAUUGCUAAGCCUAGAUAUGUGAAGCCUUAUAUAAUCGGCGACGAAGUGAAAGGAAUGGUUGUUAAGAAAGGUCAACUUAUCAAAUUCGAAAUUCAGUUUGGUGGUGAACCUCCGCCGACGGUGAAAUGGUCACGUGAUUUGAAAGAGCUGGAGCCUUCCAAAAAAAUUACAAUAGAGAAAAGCACGAAGGAUACAACACUCCUCGUCAAAAGUGCUGAACGCUCUGACAGCGGGAAAUAUACUUUGACACUCUCAAAUAGCACUGGUUCUAUAUCAUCAUGGGGAGAUGUCAUUGUAUUAGACAAACCAACUGCUCCUCGAGGACCACUAAAAGCUGAAGAGGUAAGAGCUGAUCAUGUCAAACUAAAAUGGAAUCCACCGGAUGAUAAUGGUGGCCAAGAACUAAAAGGUUACGUUAUUGAGAAAAUGGACACAGAUACAGGACGUUGGGUUCCUGCAGGGGAGGUUGGCCCACGUGAAAAUACCUUUACUGUAGAUGGAUUAACGCCAAAGAAAAAGUACAAAUUUAGAGUAAAGGCAAUCAAUAAAGAUGGUGAAUCACCUGCGUUAAUUACCGAAGAGCCUAUCGAAGCGAAAAAUCCAUACGAUGAACCUGGAAAACCACCCAAGCCGGAAAUCGUGGAUUAUGACAACACCAAAGUAGAAUUGAAGUGGGUGCCACCAGACAGUGAUGGAGGCAGGCCUAUACUGCACUACAUCAUUGAAAUGAAAGAUAAAUUCAGCGUAGCCUGGUCACAAGUACUGAAGACAGAAGAUGCUAAAUGCAGAGGAGUUGUGGAAGGACUAAAAGAAAAUUCUGUAGUCCAAUUCCGCGUCAGAGCCGUCAAUAAGGCAGGCAUUGGUGAACCAAGUGAUCCAACACAAAAUCAUACGGUCAAGCAUAGACAUUUGAAGCCGUAUAUUGACAGAACGAACUUGAAAGCACAGAUGAUUAAGGUGGGUCGAUCCAUCAAAUUUGAUGUCGAUGUCAGAGGUGAACCUCCCCCGGAAAUUGUGUGGUCUUUUGCAGAUCACAAAGUGGUACAAGACGACCAUAUAAAAGUCGAAAGUAGGGAUUACCAUACUGAUUUUAGUAUCACAAAAGCCAAGCGGAAACAUUCUGGAAAAUACACCAUCACUGCAACGAAUGCUUCUGGAAAGGAUACUGUGUCUGUUGAUGUCACAAUCCUUGGAAAACCAUCGAAGCCAGAAGGGCCUCUCGAAGUUUCAGAUGUCCACAAAGAAGGCUGCAAACUUCAAUGGAAAAAGCCUGCAGAUGAUGGUGGUGCUCCUAUCCAACAGUAUGAAGUUGAAAAGUUUGAUAAAGAAAGUGGUAGAUGGACUCGGGUUGGAAAAGUGUCCGGUGAUAAGCCAGAAAUGGAAGUGACUGGUUUGACUCCUGGUAAAGAAUAUUUAUUCCGAGUGGCUGCUAUAAACGAAGAAGGAGAAUCCGAACCGCUAGAGGCACUAAAACCUAUAAUUGCCAAGAAUCCAUACGAUGAACCUGGAAAACCAGGAGUUCCGGAAUUCGUUGACUGGGAUAACGCGAGUGUAGAUCUGAAGUGGGUUCCUCCAGCGAGUGAUGGUGGAUCUCCAAUCACUAAAUACAUUGUGGAGAAGAAAGAAAAGUUCUGUUUGAAUUGGGAGAAAGCCGCCGAGGUGCUUGGCGAUAAACCAGAAGUCAAAGUUUUGGACCUCAAGGAGAAAGCAGAGUAUCAGUUUAGAGUUAUUGCAGUUAAUGCAGCUGGUCCUAGCGAACCAAGUGAUACCACUAAACAUCACUUGGUGAAACAUCGAAAAUUGAAACCGUACAUCGAUCGAACGAACUUAGAAACGACUACGCUUCGCAAGGGCAAAUCCUUGAAAUUAGAUGUCAAUAUUAGAGGCGAGCCUCCACCUAAAGUUACAUGGGCAUUGAAAGGAAAGAUUGUCGAAAGCUCAGAGAGCAGGGAGAUCGUAAAUGUAGAUUAUAACACAAAAUUAAUCAUUCAUAACGCACAAAGGAAGCAUUCUGGGGUUUAUAAGAUAACUGCAGAAAAUGAGCAUGGAAAAGAUGAAGCUGAAGUUGAAAUUAAUAUCUUAGGUGCUCCUUCCAAACCGAAAGGUCCUUUACAAGUGUCUGAUGUACAUGCUAAGGGCUGUAAAUUGAAAUGGGAGGCACCUGAAGACGACGGUGGAAAGCCAAUCAAUCAUUACCAGGUGGAGAAAAUGGACACUGCAACAGGUACUUGGGUACCUGUAGGUCGUGCAGAUGCUGACAAACCUGAAUUUGAUGUUCCAGGAUUAAUACCUGGCAAGGAAUACCAAUUCCGCGUCAAAGCUGUGAAUACUGAGGGUGAAUCAGAACCUCUGGUCACAGACAAACCAACCGUUGCUAAAAAUCCUUAUGAGCCUGCUAGUGCGCCUGGAACACCUGAACUUGUAGACUGGGAUGAAAAUAUGGUAGAACUGAAAUGGCAACCGCCCAAGACCGAUGGCGGUGCACCAAUCACAGGAUAUAUCAUAGAAAAGAAAGAACGCUUUGGUACUGUAUGGGACACCUGUGCCGAAGUUCCUGGUGGAAAACCAGAAGGAAAGGUUACUGGCCUCGUUAAAGGGCAUCAGUACGAGUUCAGGGUUAAAGCAAUUAACAAAGCUGGUGAAAGUGAGCCUAGUGAACCAACGAAGCCUCAUAUUGCAAAGGCUAGGAACUUGGCUCCGAAAAUCAAUCGUGCCAAUCUGCAGGACAUCACAAUCAGAUCAGGCCAUUCAACCAAACUUGAUGUUGAAGUUGAAGGUGAACCGGCUCCGACCAUCACCUGGAUUUUCGGAGAAAAGCCAGUUGAACUUGAUGAUGUUAUUCAAUACAAUAACGAGGAUUAUGCAACACAUAUCAAAUUCACCAACCUGACACGAAAGUACAGUGGAAAAUAUAUCAUCAGAGCUGUAAAUAAAAAUGGAAGAGAUGAGGCAACUGUGAACAUCAAUGUACUGUCCAAACCAUCCAAACCAGAAGGUCCUCUGGAGAUAUCGGAUGUCCAUGCUCAGGGUUGCAAGUUGCAAUGGCAACCUCCGAAGGAUGAUGGUGGUACACCAUUAGAAGGCUAUCAGGUUGAGAAGAUGGACGUUCUGACAGGUCGAUGGGUGCCAGUUGGUAAAGUCGAUAAAGACAAGACAGAAAUGCCGGUGACGGGUCUUGAACAAGGAAAGAAAUACCAUUUCAGAGUAAAAGCAAUUAAUAAUGAAGGCGAAUCGGAACCACUGGAGACAGACAGGUCGACAUUGGCAAAGAAUCCUUUUGAAAAACCAGGGCCACCAGGAAUACCAGAAAUCAUUGACUACGACAAGGACUUCGUGCAACUAAAGUGGGAUAAGCCUGCUAAGGAUGGUAAUGCUCCGAUCAAAAGUUACAUUAUUGAAAAGAAGGACAAAAUAACAGGCCAGUGGGUGAAAGCUGCAGAGGUAACUGGACCAGAAGGAAAAGUUGGUGGAUUAAUCGAAGGGCAGAAAUAUGAGUUCCGUGUCAUAGCAGUAAACAAAGCCGGACCCGGUGAACCCAGUGAAGCAACAGCUCCACACUUGGCUAAACCUAGAUUCUUGAAGCCACGUAUUGAUAGAACGAAUCUGAAGAAUAUGGCUAUUAAAAUUGGACAGACUGUGAGCCUGGAUGUCAAUGUCAUUGGUGAGCCGCCACCAGAGAUAGUUUGGAAACUGGACGACAAAGAAGUACAGACCACAGAUAUGAUUAGAAUUGACAACUCCGACUAUAACACGAAGUUUUAUCUUCUCAGAGCCACUCGCAAAGAGAGUGGUGUAUAUACCAUCACAGCUACUAAUAAAAUGGGAAAGGAUGAAGCUCAAGUCGAGAUAUUUGUAAUGGGCAAGCCUGGUAAACCUAAAGGUCCAUUAGAUGUGUCUGAUGUCCACAAAGAGGGCUGCACCCUGAAGUGGAGUGAACCAGAAGACGAUGGAGGAUGUCCUAUUGAAUAUUAUGAAGUAGAAAAGAUGGACGAAGAUACAGGAGUUUGGAUUCCAGCUGGAAAAUCUCAGACUCCGAAAUGCGAGCUUAAUAAUUUGCAGCCAGGGAAGAAGUAUAAAUUCCGAGUACGUGCAGUUAACCGAGAGGGUGAUUCCGAAGAACUGGAGACAGAAGAUUCAACUUUGGCCAAGAAUCCAUUUGAUGAACCAUCGAAACCUGGUCGACCUGAACCAACUGACUGGGACGUGGAUCAUGUUGAUCUGAAAUGGACACCUCCAGCGAGUGAUGGUGGAUCUCCAGUUACCAAAUACAUUGUAGAGAAGAAGAAGAAAGGAGCUCAUAAGUGGCACAAAGCAAAAGAGAUUCCUGGAGAUCAAACUGCUGCCACUGUAGGUGACCUCGAGGAAGGAGAGGAAUAUGAAUUCAGGGUCAUUGCGGUCAAUAAAGGUGGCAAAAGUGAGCCUAGUGAAGCUUCAAGACCCGUUAUUGCUAAACCUAGAAAUCUUGCUCCCAAGAUAGACCGCACAAACCUCAAGCCGUUGACUGUGAAAAGUGGACAAGCUGUUCGUCUUGAAAUUGACGUCAAAGGUGAACCUACGCCAACCAUCGCAUGGUCUCUAGACGGAAAACCACUGAAAGAAUCAUCUAGGAUCAAACCCGAAAUUCAACCCUACCACACAGUCUUUGUGAUCAGCAAGGCACUGAGAAAGGACACAAACAACUAUGUUAUCACUGCUAAAAACUCUAAUGGCACUGAUGAGGCAACACUAGAACUGAAAGUGCUAGGUAAACCAAGCAAACCUAAAGGUCCUCUCAAAGUACAGGACGUGCAUGCAGAAGGCUGCAAACUGGCUUGGGAUCCACCAGAAGACGACGGUGGAGAACCAGUACAGCAGUAUGUGGUAGAAAAAAUGGAUACUGAAACGGGUCGGUGGGUACCAGUCAUGACAACAAAAGAACCAGAAGCUGAAAUAACUGGAUUGAUCCCUGGAAAGGAUUACAAAUUUAGAGUCAAAGCAGUCAAUCCAGAAGGAGAAUCUGAAGCCUUAGAAACAGAAAAGGCCACGAGCGCUAAGAAUCCUUUCGAUGAACCUGGACAACCCGGUAAACCAACUGCAAAAGACUGGGAUAAACAUCAUGUGGACUUAACAUGGGCUCCUCCGUUUAGUGAUGGUGGAUCUCCCAUUACUAGCUACAUAAUCGAAAAGAAGGACAAAUACAGCAGCAAAUGGCAGAAAGCAAUUGAGAUUAUUGGAGAUGCAUGCGAGGCUAGAGUUCCUGAUUUGAUUGAAGGAAUGGAGUAUAACUUUAGGGUCAGAGCCGUCAAUAAAGCUGGACCAGGCGAACCUAGUGUACAGAGCGAUAUCAUCACUGCGAAAGUGCGAUUCCUGGCUCCGAAAAUCGAUAGGAGUAUGCUGAAAGAUGUUGUAAUCCACGCCAGUCAAAGCGUGAAAUUUGAUGUAAAAAUUAUAGGUGAACCACCGCCAAAGAAGACUUGGAUGUUUGGAAACAUCACACUCAAAGAUGGUGGCAAAAUUAACACGGAAAAUGAACCUUACCGUACAAAACUAAGUAUUAUUAAUUGUGAUAAACGAGAGACUGGUACUUAUACAAUAAAAGCGGAGAACAGCGUGGGCUCGGACCAAGCUACGGUUGAGUUAAUGGUUUUAGAUCGACCUGGAGCACCAACAGGUCCCUUGGAAAUUUCUGAUGUCCAUGCGGAAGGAUGUAAACUGAAAUGGAAUCCUCCAGAAGAAGAUGGAGGUGUGCCUAUUGAGCAUUACGCUGUAGAGAAAAUGGAUACUGCUACUGGAAGAUGGGUGCCUGUAGGCAGAAGUCUGGGACCUGAAAUCGAACUCGGAAACUUAGAACCGGGUCAUGAAUACAAAUUUAGAGUCAAAGCAGUGAAUGCAGAAGGCGAAUCAGAUCCUUUGGAUGCAUUCGAGCCAAUUAUUGCCAAAAAUCCUUACGAUCCUCCUGGUCAACCAUCUAUGCCAGAAGUGAAAGAUUGGGACAAAGACAGAGUUGAUCUGGCUUGGACUGCCCCAAUAAAAGAUGGAGGCGCCCCGAUUACGGGUUACAUCAUUGAGAAAAAAGCGAAAGGAGAUACUCAGUGGUCGAAAGCUGCUGUGAUAGAUGGAAAUGUUACCUCUGGUAAAGCCACUGGUUUAGUAAAUGGCGAAACAUACCAGUUCAGAGUUCGAGCUAUAAACGAUGCCGGUCCUGGUGAGCCCAGCGAUGCAACGAGACCUAUACUCGUAAAACCACGAAAAUUGGCGCCAAAGAUCGAUCGACGUAAUCUGAACCCAGUGACAGUCAAAGUCGGGCAAUCUUUUGCAUUCGAUGUAAAGGUUAAAGGAGAACCAGCGCCCACCGUCCGAUGGCUUCUGAAAGAUAAACCUGUCGAAGAAAGAAGUGACAUGUCCAUUACGAACAUACCGUAUCGUACAAAAUUAGUCUGUGAUAAAUCGCAACGAAUUGACUCUGGAAUUUAUCGAAUCGUCGCUUCAAACGCUCAUGGAGAAGACAGGGCAGAUGUUGAAGUAUCGGUGCUUUCCAAACCUUCUAAACCGGAAGGUCCACUAAUUGUAUCUGAUGUUAACAAACAUGGAUGCAAACUGAAAUGGAAUAAGCCAAAAGACGACGGUGGUGAACCUCUGGAAGGUUAUAUAGUAGAGAAAGAAGACCCAGAAACGGGACUUUGGAUUCCAGUGAUAAAAUCUCACGUGCCAGAAGCUGAAGUAACAGGACUCACGCCAGGAAAAUCUUACAAGUUCAGGGUUAAAGCUGUCAACAAGGAAGGAGAAUCGGAACCACUGGAAACCUUCCAACCUGUAGUAGCCAAGGAUCCAUUUGAUCCUCCUGGCCAGCCUGGCACUCCUGAGCUCACCGACUGGAACAAGGACCAUGUAGACCUGCAAUGGAAACCUCCGGAGUCAGACGGAAACUCGGCUAUCAGUCAUUAUAUCAUAGAAAAGAGAGAAAAAGGAAAUCCCAAAUGGGAAAAGGCGGCUGAAGUUCCAGGAGACCAAACCAAAGGAACCGCUCCCUUCCUCACAGAAGGAAAGGAUUAUGAGUUCCGGGUGAUCGCAGUGAACAGAGCAGGACCCGGUGAACCCAGUGAGGCAUCCAAAACGGUCACUGCCAAACCACGUUUCUUGGCACCUCAGAUUGACAGAAAAAAUCUGCAAGACAUUACGAUAAAGGCUGGACAGACAAUCAAGUUCGAUGUGAAUGUCAUUGGCGAACCUCCACCAACUAUUGUUUGGACCAUAAAUGACGUAGAAGUGAAGCCGUCGGAUAGAAUUAUGCUUACCAACGAAGAUUACAACACCAAAUUAAUCAUCAGGAGAGCAACGAGGGCGGAAAAUGGAAAGUUUGUCAUAACAGCAACAAACAGCUCUGGAAGGGAUGCUGCAAAUGUUCUUGUGACCGUGCAAGACAAGCCAUCAAAGCCUCAGGGGCCACUGGAAGUAUCAGAUGUUCACAAAGAGGGUUGUAAAUUGAAAUGGAAAAAGCCCGACGAUGAUGGUGGUGUUCCUCUAGAGGGUUAUCUUGUGGAAAAAAUGGACGAAGAAACAGGGGCCUGGGUUCCUGUUGGAAAGACCAAAGAGCCAGGAAUGGAUGUGACUGGAUUGACUCCAGGCAAAAAGUACAAGUUCCGCGUUCGAGCUGUAAAUAAAGAAGGAGAAUCUGAUCCUUUGGAAACCAAAGAUGCUAUAACUGCCAAAAAUCCAUUCGAUGAACCAGGAAAACCAGGAGAUUUAACAGUCACUGACUGGGAUAAAGACCACAUCGAUCUCAAAUGGACACCUCCAGAGACGGAUGGUGGAUCGCCUAUAACUGGGUACACUAUUGAAGUAAAAGACAAAUUAGGAAACUGGGAGAAAGCUAUGGAUGUUCCUGCGGGUCAAACUACAGCAUCAGUGGAAGAUCUUGUUCCUGGACAGGCCUACGAAUUCCGUGUCAGAGCCGUUAACAAGGCUGGUCCUGGUGAACCUAGCAACACUACUCCAUCCACUAUUGCUAAACCUAGAAGGUUGCCUCCUAAAAUCGAUCGUUCAACUCUGCAUAAAAUCCGAGUGAAAGCGGGACAAUCAUUCCACUUUGAAGCAAAUGUAAUUGGUGAGCCACCUCCAACGAUGACCUGGACAUUACGAGGCAAUACAGUUGAAGCAGGUGAUCGUAUCAGAAUAAUGAAUGAAGAAUACAGUACUCGCAUAAGUGUCCGUCAGUGUAGAAGAGAUGACAAUGGAGUGUAUACUCUCAUAGCCUCAAAUGAACAUGGAAAAGAUGAAGCAGAAGUUGAAGCUGUUGUAUAUGAUAAGCCCACACCACCUGGUGGACCUUUGAAAAUACAAGACGUAACGGCAGAAGGCUGCAACUUGUCCUGGAAGCCGCCAUCAGAUGAUGGAGGUUUGCCCAUCGAUCACUAUUUUGUCGAGAAAAUGGAUCCCAAGACAGGAGUUUGGACUCCAGUUGGGGAGACUAUUGGACCAGACACAUCAAUGAAGGUAAAAGGACUUCAGCCAGGAAGGAGCUACAAAUUUAGAGUACGAGCUGCAAAUAGGCAAGGCGAAUCGGAACCAUUAGAAGCAGACAAAACCAUCGUAGCAAGAAAUCCUUUCGAUGAACCCGGAAAACCAGGUACACCGGAAAUCGAGGACUAUGACAGAGAAUUCGUAAAACUGAAAUGGACCGCUCCAGAAUCAGACGGCGGAUCUCCGAUUACUGGAUACAUUAUUGAGAAAAAAGACAAAUUAAGUCCUGAUUGGACAGCCGUACAGGAAGUUCCAGGAGAUCAAACAACGGCCACAGUGCGUGACCUGAUAGAAAACGGAGUAUACGAGUUCAGAAUACGAGCUGUAAACAAAGGUGGUCAGGGAGAACCUAGUGAUUCAACUGGACAGCAUGUUGCCAAACCUAAAAACCUGGCUCCACGCAUUGAUCGCAAUGCAAUGAUUAAUAUCAGACUUAAGGCUGGCAAGAGUUUCGAACUGAAUGUUCCAGUAUCUGGUGAGCCUCCACCGAAAAAGACUUGGACAUUGAAUGGAAAAUCUAUCACAGACGAUCUCAGAUGGUUCUUUACCUACGAAGAUUAUCGAACCAUUGUAAAAGUGAAGAAAGCUCUAAGAGAAGAUUCUGGUAGUCUGAUGCUAACUGCUACUAACAGCAACGGCAGUGACAGUGCCAAGGUUACUGUCGUCAUUUUAGAUGUUCCGCUGGCACCCAAAAAUCUCACCAUCAAUGACAUCACAAAGGAAGGCUGUAUGGUUUGCUGGUCUCCACCAGACGACGAUGGUGGCAGUGAUAUUCAACAUUAUACUGUUGAGAAAAAAGAUAUGGAGACAGGGCGAUGGGUACCUGUGGAUGAAACUGUCAACACUUGCCUGCAUGCAGAUAAACUAAUUGAAAUGCAUGAAUACAUCUUCCGAGUGAAAGCUGUGAAUCGAGAAGGAAGCUCUCAAUGGGCUAUGACCAGGCAGCCAAUUGUCGCUAAGAAUCCAUUUGAUCCACCUGAUAAGCCUAGCCCACCUGUUGCAACAGAUUGGGACUCACACUUUAUCGAAUUGGAAUGGCGUCCUCCUAAGAAAGAUGGUGGUGCACCAGUCCUGAGCUAUGUCAUUGAAAAGCGUCUGAAAGGUAGCCCCCUGUGGGAUGAAGCAGCUCGGGUAGCAGGAGAAGUCACAAAAACUAAAAUCUCGGAUCUUGUAGAAGGAGAAGAAUACGAAUUUAGAUUGGUGGCCAUCAAUAAAGCUGGUCCCAGUGAACCAAGUGACCCAACUCAGCCAAUAACCGCCAAACCCCGAUUUUUGGCGCCAAUUGUGGAUCGGCUCACAUUACUCGACCAAAAGGUUCGCGCUGGCCGUCCAAUCACGUACCAGGUAGCCAUCAAAGGAGAACCGGCACCGAUUGCAUCAUGGUCGAUUAAUGACCAUCCUGUCAUUGGCAAUCCACGAGUGGAAGUACGCACCACUCCAACUCUGUGCUUCUUCGAAAUUCUCGUAUCUGUCAGAUCUGACACUGGAAAGUAUACACUUAAUCUUGAAAAUAGCUCUGGAAGGCUAUCGACUUCAGCUACAGUGACGGUCGUGGAUCGACCAUCACCACCAGAAGGUCCUCUGGACGUAAGUGAUGUCACCAAAGAAUCAGCUGUGCUCACAUGGAAGCCACCUAAAGAUGACGGCGGCACUCCCAUCAAAUACUACCUCAUUGAAAAGAUGGACGCAUCUCGAGCGACUUGGAUGGAAGCAGGCCAGUCAACAUCCCUCAGCUAUAAAGUAAUUAGAUUAGUGCACCACAAAACAUACCAAUUCAGGGUUAUAGCAGUGAAUGAAAUUGGAGAAUCUGAUCCUCUAGAGCGGUUAGAUGGAGUCACUGCAAAAGAUCCAUUUGAACCACCAAGUACUCCAGGCAAGCCUGAGGCAACAGACUGGGGAAGCGAUUUCGUAGAACUCCAAUGGCCUGCGCCAAAAGAUGAUGGAGGCUCUCCGGUAUCGAGUUACAUCAUUCAGAAAAAAGUCAGGGGUUCCAAUCUCUGGGAAAAGGCCGCUGAAGUUCCUGGCUCUGAUUCAAAGGGCAAGGUACCUUACUUAAUCGAAGGCCAAGAUUACGAAUUUAGAGUCAUCGCAGUUAACAAAGGCGGUGAAAGCAAACCGAGCGAGCCAUCUGAGUUUAUCACAGCUAAGCCCAGAUUCUUGGCUCCCAAGAUUAUCACACCAAUGAAAGAUAUCGAAAUCAAAAAUGGUGAAAUUCUUCACAUCGAAAUCAAAUUCGUGGGGGCUCCAACACCAGAAAUCACUUGGCUAAAAGACGACAAACCUCUGGUGGCGGAUAACAGAGUAUCAGUAUCUAGUUAUGAGAAUUAUACUCUCAUACAUAUCAUCAACACGAAACGUAUUGAUUCAGGCCGAUACUGUUUGAAGCUCAAGAAUGAAUCUGGUAGUGAUGAGGGCACGAUGAAAGUAGUUAUUCUAGAUAAGCCGGGAGCUCCAGAAGGACCCUUAGAAGUCAGUGAUAUUCAAAAAGACAGCGUAACAUUAUCUUGGAAACCACCUAAGGAUGACGGUGGUAGCGAAGUAACAGCUUACGUGAUUGAAAAGAAAGAUAAGACUCACAAUGGUCCUUGGGUCCCAGCAUUAACUAUUCCAGCAAGAACAACCAAUGCUACAGUUCCUAAAUUAGCUGAAAAUACUAAUUACGAAUUUAGAGUGAAAGCUAAAAACGCUCAAGGUCUCUCUGCUCCACUUUCUACAGACAGAUCUGUUCUUGUGAAAAAUCCUUUCAAACCACCAGGUCCUCCAGGUCAGCCCGAGGCUGUGGAUCAUGAUCGCGACUUCAUCAAAAUUAACUGGUCUCCACCACUGAAAGAUGGUGGAUCAGAUAUUAUUGGUUACGACGUAGAACGGCGAGACACAAAACUUAAUCGUUGGGUUCAAAUUAACAAGGACUUGGUAAAGGGAGCUCAAUAUACAGAUCACACAGUAACUGACGGCCAUUUGUAUGAAUAUCGAGUCAUCGCACACAAUGUUGCUGGCUCUAGUGAACCUAGUGCAGCUUCUAAACCAAUUCCUGCGAAACCAAUGAAAGAAAAGCCCAAGCUUCAUCUGGAUGGUUUGUACGGAAAGUUGAUUCGCGUCCGAGCUGGAGAUCCAGUAUAUAUCAAUAUUCCAAUGACUGGAUCACCUGCACCGACCGUCAGGUGGACAUUCAAUACACAGCAUUUGCAGGAUACGCCUCACACCAGGCAGGAAGUAGGGGACGAAUAUAUCAAACUGACUAUACCCAAGUCUGAAAGAUCUGACAGCGGUGUGUACAACAUCACAGCCAAGAAUGCUUAUGGAGAAGAUUCUGCAGACAUUACACUUUUGGUAUACGACAAGCCUGGGCCUCCAAAAGGACCUCUGGAAGCAGCAGAAACUACAAAUUCCUCAAUCACAUUAAAAUGGCAGAAACCAGAUGAUGAUGGUGGAUCUGAACUAACAGGUUACAUCGUGGAAAAAUGCGAGAUUGGAACUGAUAAAUGGUCACCGGUCGGUGGUUAUUGCCCGAACACGACUUUCACUGCAAAGGGUUUGGAUGAAGGCAAACAAUAUAGAUUCAGAGUGAGAGCUGAGAACAUUUAUGGUAUCAGCGAUGCCAUCGAGAGUAAACCGAUUACAGCUAAAAAUCCUUUCGAUCCACCAGAUCCUCCCAGCCAGCCUAAAAUUCUCGACCAUGGACCAACCUUUGUCUCACUUUCAUGGCAACCUCCUGCUCAUGAUGGUGGAAAACCCAUAACAGGCUACCUGGUAGAGAAGAAGGAAAAAGGAACUCAGGAAUGGGUUAGAGUUACUCAGUUCCCUAUACCUACAACUGAAUUUGUUGUACCAAGCUUAUCAGAUGGCCAGACAUAUGAAUUCCGUGUAAUGGCUGUCAAUGAAGGUGGCAUCAGUAAGCCAAGCAAACCAACUGGCCCAGUAAUGGCUGUUAGGAAAAUGUAUCCUCCAGAAGCGCCAGAAGCUCCUCAUAUUGAUAAAAUUACAAAAGACUCCGUUACAUUAUCGUGGGCCAAACCGAAUGAUGGCGGAAGCAAAAUUCUUGGAUACUACAUUGAGAAGAGAAUGAAAGAUGCUAAAGAAUGGGAUAUCAUAAACAAUAUUCUUCAUGUGGACAGGAUUUUCACAGUGCCUGAACUGACAGAAGGUAAGGAAUAUGAAUUCCGUAUCAUUGCUGUCAACAACAUUGGCGAAAGUCCGCCCAGUAAACCAAGCGCGAUGGUACUAGUAGAAGAACAGCCUGACAAGCCAAGGAUCGAUGUAGGAGCUGUUAAAGACAUUGUAGUGAAAGCUGGAGAAGAAUUUUCUAUUACAGUGCCAUUUACUGGUUUCCCCAAGCCUACUGCGACCUGGACAAAGAAUGAUAAGGACAUUGAUGAAAAGGAUCCAAGGAUUUUUGUGAAGGUCUCUGAAAACACAGCUGUCUUGGCUGUAACAAAUGCAAAGCGAGACGACACGGCUACUUUCAAGGUUCAGCUUAAGAACAAAUCUGGUUUUGAUACGUGCUACUGCAAAGUAACGGUAUUAGAUAAACCAUCACCACCAGAGAAUGUGCGUGCCGAGGAAAUAGAAGGCGAAUCUUUGACUCUUUACUGGUAUCCACCUAAAGACGACGGCGGUGCUGAGGUAAGCAACUAUGUUGUUGAGAAGAAGGAAGUUGGCACUUUGACAUGGAUUCGAGUGUCCAGCUUUGUAACCACAACGGCUUGCAGAGUCCGAAACUUGACUAUCGGCAAACAGUAUGACUUCCAGGUUAUGGCGGAAAACCAACAUGGCACGAGUGAGCCAGGAAAGACCAGAGAACCAAUUUUGGCGAAAUUGCCUUUUGAUCCACCAUCAGCACCUGGGGCUCCACAAGCCGUGGAAACAAGUAUCGAUUCAAUCACGCUCACAUGGCACAAACCCAGAGAUGACGGUGGCAGCCCAAUCACGGGAUACAUCCUGGAGAAAAGAGAUAAAGGUAGAGACAGGUGGGUUGCUGCCUGUCAAACCACCAUUUCGGACCAAACUUUCAGGGUGACUGGGCUAAAAGAGAACCAAGAAUAUGAAUUCCGUGUGGCAGCUGUUAACGCUGCUGGACAGAGUCCUUUCAGCUCUUCUUCAGAUGGUAUCUUCGCCAAGCCACCACCCUGUUCGCCGAAGAUUGAUGCUGCCUUCAGUAUGAGAGAUAUUACUGUGCUGGCUGGAGAGGAAUUCACAAUCCGAGUACCAUUCAGCGCGUUUCCUAUUCCUACUGCAUCUUGGACCAUAAAUGGAAAACCUGUUGUCAAGACAGACCGAGUGUAUAGUGAAGUUAACGUCGCUUUUACAGUAUUAAUCAAUAAAAAGGCAAAGAGAGACGACUCAGGAAAUUACACACUAGUACUCAAGAACCAACAUGGUUCAGAUAAUGGAUCAUGUAGAGUACUUGUUGUCGAUAAACCUGGGCCACCUGAGGGACCAUUAGAAGUCACUGACAUCACACCAGAAACAUGCUCGUUAUCUUGGAGACCCCCGAAAGACGAUGGAGGAAGCUCUAUUACCAAUUAUGUGGUAGAAAAGCAAGAUGCUACGUCACAAGUUUGGACCAAACUGAGCAGUUAUGUCAGAGGCUGUCACUAUGAAGUCAUUGGACUCGAACAUAAAAAGAAAUACCACUUCCGAGUGCGCGCUGAGAACAAGUAUGGUGUUGGUGCUCCAUUAGAUACCGAUCGUUUAGUGACUGCUAAAUUCUCAUUCGACACUCCAGGACCACCAAGCACUCCUCUCAUUACUGAUUACGAUGGUGCAAAUGUCAGUUUAUCCUGGGAGCCACCUGUUCACGAUGGUGGAUCUAGAAUACAAGGCUACCAAGUUGAGUAUUGUGACAUGGCUGAUGGAAGGUGGAGAAUCGGCAAUGAGUACUUGGUCAAAGAGACACACUUUACAA